CGUAUUCCGGCGGUUGACUUCCGGUUUGUGUUAGCAUUUAGCCGUGAUGUGUGCGCUCUUACCCCCGGUUGUUUGUGUGAUGUUUGGCUAAAAACUGACAACGUUUGUUGCAAAAAUGGCGCUUUCGAUGGAGACGCAGCUGCAGAGCAUCUUUGAAGAUGUUGUGAAAACUGAGAUGAUAGAAGAGGCCUUUGCUGGGAUGUUUAUGGACACUCCAGAGGAUGAGAGGACUAAACUGAUCAGCUGCCUCGGAGCCUUCAGACAAUACUGGGGGACUUUACCUCAGGAGUCUCAUGAACAAUGUGUACAAUGGGUGGUUCGCUUCAUUCACAGUCAGCACAGCCCUAAACGAAUCUCCUUCCUGUACGACUGUCUGGCGAUGGCUGUGGAGACCAGUCUGUUACCGCCCAGGAUGGUGUGCGUUGCUCUGAUCAGCUCCGAUAAUUUGGAGUGGGAGAGGACUCAGCUGUGGGCGUUAACGUUCAAACUGAUCCACAAGAUCAUCGGAGGCGUCGACUACAAGGGCGUCCGUGACCUUUUGAAAACUGUUCUGGAUAAAAUUCAAACCAUUCCCACCACCGUCAGCUCAGCCAUCGUCCAGCAGCUUCUGGCUGCCAGAGAGGUGGUAGAAUAUAUCCUGGAUAGAAAUGCCUGCCUCUUGCCGGCCUACUUUGCUGUUACAGAAAUCAGAAAGUUGUAUCCAGAGGGACAACUGUCACACUGGCUUCUGGGCAGUUUGAUAUCAGACUUUGUGGAUAGUUUCAGACCAACAGCCAGAAUCAACUCGAUCUGUGGUCGCUGCAGUCUGUUACCAGUUGUGAAUAACAGCGGAGCCAUCUGUAACUCCUGGAAAUUAGAUCCCACAACUCUCCGCUUCCCUCUGAGAGGAAUGCUGCCUUUUGAUAAGGACCUGUUUGAGCCUCAGACCGGUUUGCUGCGUUAUGUACUGGAACAACCGUACUCCAGAGAGAUGGUGUGCAACAUGUUAGGACUCAACAAACAGACUCUGAACAUUGCCCAGCACAAGCAGCGCUGCCCGGUGCUGGAGGAGCAGCUGGUGGACCUGGUGGUUUACGCCAUGGAGCGAUCCGAGACCGAAGAGCACUUUGACGCCGACAUCGGAGGAACCAGCCAGCUGCUGUGGCAGCAUCUGUCCUCGCAGCUCAUCUUCUUUGUGCUGUUUCAGUUCGCGAGUUUCCCUCACAUGGUGCUGUCUCUACACCAGAAGCUUGCAGGCAGAGGUCUUAUUAAAGGAAGAGAUCAUCUGAUGUGGGUCCUGCUGCAGUUCAUAUCAGGAAGCAUUCAGAAGAACGCCUUGGCCGACUUCCUACCAGUCAUGAAGCUUUUCGACCUGCUUUACCCUGAAAAAGAGUGCAUUCCAGUUCCUGACAUCAACAAACCCCAGUCGACCCAUUCGUUUGCGAUGACCUGCAUCUGGAUCCACCUGAACCGCAAAGCUCAGAACGACAACUCCAAGCUGCAGAUACCAAUUCCUCACUCCCUGAAGCUGCACCACGAGUUUCUCCAGCAGUCCCUGCGUAACAAGACUCUGGGGAUGUCCGACUAUAAGAUCGCACUGCUGUGUAACGCCUACAGCACCAACUCCGAGUGCUUCACGCUGCCCAUGGGCGUCUUGGUGGAAACCAUCUACGGAAACGGAACCAUGAAGAUCAACCUACCGGGAACCAGCUGCAUCGCAUCGGGAUCGGUCACUCCGCUUCCCAUGAACCUGCUGGACUCGCUCACUGUGCAUGCAAAGAUGAGUCUGAUCCACAGCAUCGCCACUCGUGUGAUCAAGUUGGCCCACGCUAAGUCCAGCAUCGCUCUGGCUCCAGCGCUGGUGGAAACAUACAGCCGACUGCUGGUCUACAUGGAAAUAGAGUCUCUGGGCAUCAAAGGGUUCAUCAGCCAGCUGCUGCCCAACGUCUUUAAAUCUCACGCCUGGGGAAUCCUCCACACGUUGCUGGAGAUGUUCAGCUACAGGAUGCAUCACAUCCAGCCUCAUUACAGAGUCCAGCUGCUGAGUCACCUGCACAGUCUGGCUGCUGUUCCUCAGACCAACCAGAACCAGCUGCAUCUAUGUGUUGAGAGCACAGCUCUGCGGUUAAUCACAGCUUUGGGGAGUUCAGAGGUUCAGCCUCAGUUCACCAGAUUCCUCAAUGACCCAAAGACGGUUCUGUCGGCCGAGUCCGAGGAGCUGAACCGAGCCCUGAUCCUGACGCUAGCCCGGGCCACACAUGUCACAGAUUUCUUCACAGGUUCUGACUCCAUCCAUGGAACUUGGUGUAAAGACAUCCUGCAGACCAUCAUUAACUUCACGCCUCAUAACUGGGCUUCACACACUCUGUCCUGCUUCCCUGCUCCUCUACAGGCGUUCUUCAAGCAGAACAACGUGCCCCAGGAGUCCCGCUUCAACCUCAAGAAGAAUGUGGAGGAGGAGUACAGGAAGUGGAAGUCGAUGGCCAACGAGAACGACAUCAUCACACACUUCUCCAUGCAGGGUUCGCCACCGCUGUUCCUUUGUCUGCUGUGGAAGAUGUUGCUGGAGACGGACCACAUCAACCAGAUCGGCUUCAGGGUCUUGGAGAGAAUUGGUGCUCGUGCGCUGGUGGCUCACGUGCGCACGUUUGCCGACUUCCUCGUCUACGAGUUCUCCACGUCGGCUGGAGGACAGCAGCUCAACAAGUGCAUCGAAAUACUCAACGACAUGGUUUGGAAAUACAACAUAGUGACGCUGGAUAGACUCAUCCUGUGUCUGGCAAUGCGAAGCCACGAGGGAAACGAAGCUCAGGUUUGUUACUUCAUCAUCCAGCUGCUGCUGCUGAAGCCCAACGACUUCAGGAACAGAGUGAAUGAUUUUGUGAAGGAGAACGCUCCAGAGCACUGGCUGCAGAGUGACUGGCACAACAAACACAUGAACUACCACAAGAAAUACCCAGAGAAGUUGUACUUUGAGGGUCUCGCGGACCAAGUCAACCCUCCCAUGCAGCUCCAGCCUCAGUACCUGCCAAUCUACUUCGGCAAUGUGUGCCUGCGCUUCCUUCCGGUCUUUGACAUCGUCAUCCAUCGCUUCCUGGAGCUUCUUCCCGUCUCCAAGAGUCUGGAGACGCUGCUGGAUCAUCUGGGAGGCUUGUACAAGUUCCAUGAUCGUCCGGUCACCUACCUGUACAACACUCUUCACUACUACGAACGACACCUGAGAGACAGAACCAACCUGAAGAGGAAGCUGGUUCACGCCAUCAUGUCCUCACUGAAGGACAACCGAACACCUGGCUGGUGUCUGAGUGAAACCUACCUGAAGUUCGGCAUGAACCCCAGAGAGGACAAUGUCUGGAUCCCUGAUGACACCUACUACUGCAAGCUGAUUGGCCGCCUGGUGGACACGAUGGCAGGAAAGUCACCUGGUCCGUUCCCCAACUGUGAUUGGAGGUUCAACGAGUUCCCGAACCCAGCAGCUCACGCUCUGCAUGUUACCUGCGUGGAGCUGAUGGCGCUGGCCGUUCCGGGAAAAGACGUCGGCAAUGCUUUGCUCAACGUGGUGUUGAAAAGUCAACCUCUGGUUCCCAGAGAGAACAUCACAGCCUGGAUGAACGCCAUCGGACUCGUCAUCACUGCUCUUCCUGAACCCUACUGGAUCGUCCUCCACGACCGCAUCGUGUCGGUGAUCAGCUCUCCGGCGCUGACGUCGGAGACGGAGUGGGCCGGUUAUCCCUUCGCCCUGCUGGACUUCACCGCCUGCCACCAGAGCUAUAGCGAGAUGAACUGCAGCUACGUGUUAGCGUUAGCGCACGCCGUCUGGCAUCACUCCUCCAUCGGACAGCUGUCUCUGAUUCCCAAAUUCCUGUCAGAGACUCUGAAGCCCAUCGUCCAGACAGAGUUCCAGCUGCUGUACGUUUACCACCUGGUUGGGCCGUUUCUGCAGCGCUUCCAGCAAGAGAGGACGCGAUGCAUGUUGGAGAUCGGUGUGGCCUUCUACGAGAUGCUGCAGGCCGUCGACCAACACUGCCAACACCUGAGCUACAUGGACCCCAUCUGUGACUUCCUCUAUCACAUCAAGUACAUGUACACCGGAGACAGCGUGAAGGAGCAGGUGGAGAAGAUCAUCAUGACUCUGCGUCCAGCCAUGAAGCUCCGCCUUCGCUUCAUCACGCACAAAACCGAGAUGUCUUCAUCGGCCGCCACCGGUGCCUCCGCCUCCUCGGCCGCCUCUUCCUCCUCGGCCGCCGUCACUCCUCAGCCGCCUCCUUCCUCGCUGUCGUCUAACGUCGCUGCCGCCUCGCCGUCAUCUUCCUCUCAGCACAGUCACGCUUCGAUGUAGGCGAGUAAACACGCUGAAACAAUCACCAAGGUGGACUUUAACACACAAAAAUGUACAACUUCAUUUAGCAGAGGUAUUAAAAUUCUUCAUUUUUGUGUCAAUAAAAACUCUUAAACUCAAACAGUUGGACUGAAUUUGGUCACAUUUUCUGUAAGAAGCUGUCUAAAAGAAAGGAUUUGGAGCAGAAUCUGUACAAUAAACUCUCAACUGUA